UUGUGCGCGCAUGCGCAACCUUUCAAAAUUGAACUGCACUUUACCGCGAAACUGGGUCUAGUGCUACUAGCUUGCAAAUAUCUCGCAAAUAAUCAGCAACACACUUGUGGUAUUGAGAAGUCUAUUGCAGUGCGAUUGAUUGAAAGAAGAGAUGUGACGUGCUAGUUUUAGCGUUUAGAUACAUAACAUGUGAGUCUUACUAAGCUAGCUAACGCUAACUGUUUUGGUUAUUUAACCCUCCUUUUUACAAACUCGCUUUAACGUUAGCCAGCUUGCUACUAGUAGCUAGGUAUCUCGAAUUGUAUAAUAUUUGCUAUCUAGCGUUACGCUAUCUUAGAACCGACACAUAGCCUACAUUUCGGAACUUUCUGUGAGCUAGCGUUUCUGGCUGUUAAAAUGAAGCCUGCCCGAGGAUCUCAACGACCCCCGUCUCAGGCACCGAACAGUAAAAGCAAGGAGCCAGCUGAGAAGCGGCGUCAUCAGAAAGACCCUCUGAGGCCAGGGACCAGCAAUCAAGUAAAGCACACUAAACCACAGAAGAGGAAAGUUUCAGCCUCUAAGAAGGUCAAAGGGCAAGAGAAUUGGAAGCCCAUGUCUGUAUCCUCCAUUACAGCUUUGGAAAAUAUGUUGGAUCUAUCCAUACUGUCUGUUAUAGAUAGGAUAAGGACUGAGAAAGAGGAAGUACAAAAACAUCUUAACACUCUGAAAAAAAGGUUCCUUGCCAGUUGUGUGGAGCUCCCAGUUCCUGUCCAGAAACGGGGAGAGAUAGUUCAUGCCUCUCGCCAGCACCAGGAAGAGAGCAAGAAGUCCACUCAGGGCAAGCAGACUUUGGCCACACUGGAGGAGAACUUGAGAGCUGUGGUCAACACCCUGGAGCAGAUGGAGGAACAAACAGCCUCCCUGGACCACGAGUGUAGUAAACUGAGACAGCAACUGGAAGAGAACGAGGCGGCCCAGGAGGUACUGUUGUCUCAAAGAGAAGCCCUGAAUCUCCCCCCUCUUCCCCCACGUAAAGACAGCCAACCAACCCUACAGGAGAAGCUGCUAGACCUGAUUCCCAAGGCAGACAGGGGCGCCACUGCCCUGCGACUGGGGACAGCACUCCAGAACGGCCCUAUCCAGAACACCAUGACUCUGAUGAAGCACGUACACAGACACACUGACCAUCUCCUGCCUCCUCCUGCACACCUGACCAAUAGCAAUGGCUAACCAGGGGCUGUGUGACCUAACCCUCUGAUGGUGGGUUUAGACUGCCAAUUCCAUUUGAUCAGAUUGGAUUCAGUUACCAAUCCAGGGCACCAAUCGUUUUGAUAAAUUAUUUUAAUUCAUUCCAAUAGUACAUGGAAUUACAAACGUUGAAAGUUAGACAUGUAUUUAGUUCACUUUGAUCAACUGAAUAUCUGGUAAUACCUUGUCUCAUUCAUCCAAGUCUGUAUGUGGCUUCAAACAUGUUAACUCUUUUUAUUACUUAAUUUGGAACAAGUAUUACAAAAUAAAUAUUUGUUUAAUAGA